GCCCGGAGCUAGCAAGUGCCGUGUCGCGCUGAGGUGUGCGUCCGCUGCCGUACGGUGCGCUGCGGGCUGCGGGAGACGGGGCGGCGCGUUGUUGUCGAAACCAUGGAUACGGGAGGGGACGGCGGCGGCGGCGGCGACGCGCUGCAGGACAUCGACUGCAACAUCGUGCUCGUCGGCGACUCCAAGUGCGGCAAGACGGCGCUCGUCGAGAGGUUCGUCUCGGACAAAUUUGUCGAGGUGUACACGCCGACUGGCUUCGAAAAGUACGCGUCGACGUACAACGUGGCGGACUACCGGAUCCGCUUCGCCGUCUGGGACACGUCUGGUUCUGCGGCUUACGAUACGGUGCGACCUUUGGCCUAUCAGGAUGCAAAGGUGUUCCUGUUGUGCUUCAGGGUCAGUGAUCCAGACUCCCUCGACAACGCUGUCAACAAGUGGUACCCGGAGAUACGGCAGCACUGCGACAACACGCCGGUCAUCCUGUGCGGCUGCCAGAGCGACCUGAGGAACGACAUCGAGACCAUCUCUGCGCUGGCCAAGCUGCACCACGCGCCCGUCUCCUCGGAGCAGGCUGUGUCCGUGAGCCGCACCAUCUGCGCCACAACGUACGUGGAAACGUCGGCGAAGGCGUCGGCGAAGGCGGUGCGCGACGCCUUCGAGGUGGCGGCGCUGGCGGCCCUGGGCAAGCUCAACAAGCACCACGCGCUGCUGCUGCAGCAGCGCGGCCGCGGCUACCCCUGCAAGAGCAAGCUGGACCUCAAGGCCGAGCUGAAGGGCCGCGCCAAGAGCUGCAGCAUCAUGUGAUGCCCGCCGCCCACACCACCGACAUCAACAUCAGUGCCACCACCGCUGCGCGGCGCGUAGCUGCAGUCGGCACCGCCACUGCACUAGCCGAGGUGGCUGGUGACAGCUGCCUCGCGUAAGCCCAGCUGGCGAAGUCACUUCCGGUCUGCACGACACACAGUCCCGGUCUUGAAGAUUGUCGUCAGUCAAAAUUAUGAACUCCGAAGGAAGGUGUAUGAAUGACAACUCAAUCAGUGAUGGAAUACAGGGAAACAUAUGGCUGUUGCCCUUCGAAAAAUGAAUAUUAGAGGGAACAUUAUGGAGAGGUAGACGUGUGAUACUAACAACGUGUAAGCGAAUACUGUCUUUCUCGGCCAAUUUCUUUGAUGAAAUCUUACCUGUUUAUCAUGCUGAAUCGUUCCGACGCUAUUUGUCCAACAGAUGAUAAACUGGAAACUCGUCGAAUCAUGCUACAGGACGAGAAUUCAAGAGAAAGACAUUCAUAAAUGGAGCAAGUCAAUAACGCGUUGGUCCGCCUCUAGCCCAUAUGCAAGCAGUUAUUAGGUUUAAUCCAGAUUUAUGACUUCUGAACUUUUACUUUACAAUAAUUCUAAAAUAGUUUACAACCAAUGAAGCAGCUGCAUUCAUUGCAAAAUAUCUUUGUUCUCAUGAUAAUAAAUGCCUAGAAAAUUUUUCUACAUGUCCUCAAUGUAGCCUUCAUAAAACUCCCAGUUUGAUGUGGAACAUAGGCCUGUCAAUGGUACUGCCUUUAGGUCCAAAAAUUUAUAUAGUUUCGCACUUCUCUGCAUAAAAUGUUACCAAAUAUCUGUGUGCCAUAUCUGGACUGAGAUAAACUGCUUCUGUACUUUAUCUUUCGAAGAUAUAUGCGUAUCUGUAAAAAUUCCUCAGCCAUACACAAAAUACACUCUACGAAAGAAAGAAAAAAAAAAACGAUGAAUUAAUUAUCAGAAUGGGACAGAAAUCGGCAGGCGUGAUGUACACACAAACAAGUCAUUAAAAUUUCAGAAACAUUGGAUGAUUUAUUCAAGGGAAAAAGCGUCAAGAACUGAGCAAGUCAUAACCCACUGGGCCACCUAUGAUGUUUAUGCUAGCUGUCAUUCGGCUUAGCACUGUUUGACAGAGUUCUUCGAUGUCCUCAUGUCGAAUAUCGUGCCAAAUUCUGUCCAAUUGGCGCGUUAGAUCGUCAGAGUUUGACACGAUAUCCUUCAAGAAGACAUCCAACAACUGUAUCAAUCAAUGCCAAGCCGAAUAAUGUUUUCAUAAUGGCAGAAGACGGACCAAGGCGUUAUUGAUUCGCUCAUUCUACGAAGCUCUUUGUCUUGAAUGAAUCAUCCAUUUUUUCUGAAAUUGAAAUCAUUUGUUGGUCCGUACACUUACAUUAUAUCUUCUGAUUUCCAUCCCGUUCGGAUACUUCCUUUUUUGUAGAGGGUCGGUUAUUUUUUAAGAGUGUAAUUUAAUUAAGUUUACGACUCCAAUAAAGAAAGUUGAUCAAGGAUUAGACAUGCUUCACCCACAUUUCUGGCAUUCAAAUCCUAAUAAAAUCAGUCACUUCCCUCGAAAAAUCCAUUGAAGUAUAACAGAAUAUGAUGCAUGUAUGCUGGUGCUGCAGCCAUUGUUGUUUAAACUGUACAAUAUUGUAGGUUCCCAAUCCGUGACUUCUUUUGUUUUUCACAGAAUGUACUAGAUAAAAGAACAGGAAAUGGCAGCUUUUCGUUUCGUAGCUCUUGCAGCACAGAUUUCAUAAAAAACCACCUCAGAGUGGGUAUGGACCAUUUCGUGCGUCCUAAUAAGAGUGACAAGAGAAAUGUUAGGAAACAAUUGUAGCAAAUACUUUAGUAUGUACUUGUUUAA